UACACCUCACUGAGACGGAAAGAUCGAGAGUUCCUCUCCCCUCAUCAUUGGGAUAAUAAGUAAAAGUGUCACCAAAAGUAAACCAAGCUCCAUAUACGGGGCUACUUUUAAAGUUCAUCCGAGGAGACAGGUGCAGCCGUGGAAGCUAAUUCAACAGCCAAACUCAGUUUCCUCAACAUCACGGCUUCGUUACGUCAGUACAAGUUACGUUCUUCUUGAAAGAAUAAAUGAUGCUUUAAAAGGAAAGAUAUGGCAGGGUUCUCCAUUAUCUUCAAAAUACUUUAUCUUCUCUCACAGAUAUUUGAAAGUUUUCAAGCAACAACUUCAAACAUUUUAACUUACAAGUGUGAUUCCUCCAAUUUAACCCUGCGUUAUGCCGCUGAAACUUUGGCUGAGAAUCCAUGCAGUGGAUGCCGUAUCAACGAAACCAAACUUCCCAUUUGUCAGCGGCGCCUGUAUGCUCCAAUAGCUUCAUGUAAAGAUAAGUCAACCAGGAUCUCCUUUAGCUUAAAAGUAUGGCCAACGGGCGAGAUUCCAGAUAGCGAAGCGAACAACCAGCCGGCGGAAAGCCUCGAAGAUAGCCACGAUAUACUCACAAUGCAACCCCAGGGAAGGGCUAUUGUUUUAAAGCUGAGUGGCGUGUCGCUUGUUCAAUAUUCUGGCUUGUCUUUCAACUGGAGUUCUAACUCUUCGUCGCUAAAUUUCACCAUGGAUUACAGCAUGGACGGCUUUCACUGGAUCGACUACACUGAGGACGAACGAGUAAAGGUUUUCCAAGUCUACCGCUACCAUCCAACAGUAUGUUUGUGUCGUAAGGUUAUGGCCAGGUACCUAAGGAUAAAGAUUACAGAAACAUCAGAGUUUGCACCUUGGAUGAGUGGGUACUUGGAUGCAACUUUCUGUUCAAUUACUGCCGGAGGUUGGUCUUUAUUCAAUUCAUUAGCAGCUUUUUCCCAUCAUUACACAAAUUUGUGCGACCUCCGUCUACCUUAA